GUCAACGAUGGUAACUGUCAAGAAACCUCUUGUAAAUAUUACACGCUCGUAAAUUUACGACUUGAGUGUUUUCUUGUCUUUUCUUCCCUUACGACUUACGAGAUGGACGAAGAAACUCCAAAACUGGAAUGGAUGUAUAAAAACAACGCCAAUAACGUCGACACCGAGGAGUACCUUCUGGGAAAGAAGAUCGACAAAGCUUUCGAAAACCAAAACGGAUUUAACGAUGUGGAUAAAGAUAUUCUCCCAGUAUCAAUUUUUGCCAAUGCUAAUAGCAAUAUUCAAGUGGAUGUUAUAAGAAAGGUGAAAGAAGAUCCACUUGAGCAAAUAAAGCAAAAAGAACUUGAGAUGAGGAGGCAGCUUUUGAAGAAUCCCGUCAAGUUGAAGAAGUUGCAAAAUUUGUUAAAAGCUCGUCAAGAAGCUACUAUGAGAAAGCAGAAAAAGAAGAAGAAAAAGCACAAGAGAGAAAACAUCGACGAUCUGAUCACAGAGAAAUAUUCAAAAAUGUUGAAGAAAUAUGGCGUCAAAACAUUGGAAGAGCUUGUUGAGAAAUUGGACGAUGAUGGUGAAGACAGUGAUGAUAAAGGUAAACGUAAAAACAAAAGAAAAAGCGAUUCAGAUAGUUCUGAUGAUACCACACUGAAAAAGAAGAAAAAACAAGUCUCCAGUUCAGAUUCUGACAGUUCUGAUGAUGACGACCCUAAAGAUAAAAAGGAAACGGUGAGAAGGAAAAAGCGUUCUUCCUAUGAAAGAUCACCUGAUAGACAUAAACAUAGUAACGACCGUUAUUCUAGCAGAAGAAGAGAACUAUCCCAAGAUAGAGAUAGGUAUAAGAAAAAAGAAAAACGAAGUACACCAGAACGAUAUAGCAGGCAUAGAAAGACCUCUCCAAACGAAGUUAAAAGGGAAAAAUCAUAUAGAGGCAGGACACCUGAAAAAAAUAAGAGGGCCAAAUCGAAAUCUCCUGAACAAAGAAAAGAAAGAUAUGACUCUUCAGAUGAUGAUAGACCAAGAUUAAAGAAAAGCUACGGUUUAGUCAUGCCAGGAGGCAAGUCAGUUCCUGUAAAAAAACAAGAACAAAAACAUGCAGGUGACCAUGGGAAAAAACCUCAAGCCAAACUUCCGCAAAAACCGAUCCACAAACCCGUCAAGUUGAGCGAGAAGGAAAAAGAAGACAAGCUAAGAGAAAUGAUGAUCAACGCCAAGUGGAGAGAAGAAGCAAGAAAGAAGAAUGUUCAGAUUUACAAAGAAGUGGAAAAACGAGAGAGCAAGAAGAAUGAUAAAGAAUAUGACACAGAAUUUAUGAAGAAACAAAUGAGUCUGGCUACUUCUGACGCAUCAGUGGAGCAAAGGAUUAAAGCCAACAUCAACAACAUACAAAGAUCAGGUUUUGCCAUGGAUAAGAACUUUGCACGGAGGUACUAACAUAAUCAAAAAACCAUAUUGUUUUUGAGGGAAGAAUCCGAGCAUCCUUCAGUGUAGGAUGAGAACUGUACAGGGCUAGCCG